AUGGAAAAAGGAGAGAGCAAGAAAAUGUCAGCACGCAAUGCUUCGAGAAACGAGCGUCGGGAAAGGAAAAUGGCUUUGAUACAAGAUGUUGAUAAGUUAAAGAGGAAGCUAAGACAUGAAGAGAAUAUUCAUAGAGUGUUAGAAAGAGCACUUACAAGACCUCUGGGAGCCCUUCCUCGGCUUCCACCUUAUCUCCCUCCUCGUACAUUAGAGCUUGUGGCUGAAGUUGCCGUAUUGGAGGAAGAGGUGGUUCGAUUAGAAGAGAAGAUUGUGAAUUUCAGACAAGGUUUAUACCAGGAAGCUGUAUACAUUUCCUCCAAGAGGAAUGCGGAAACUCCAAUUGAUCCAAUGGAGCACAAUUCCAUCACAGGAUCCAAACAUCAAAGAAAGCUAGUCAAUGGGAAGGAAUUACAUUCAAAACAAGAUUCCUUAUCAUCGAUCCCAGAAGACAAAUCUCUUGCAAAGAAAACGGAAAAGGUUAUCACUCCAGUGAAGAAAUCACCAACCAAACAAGAAUCAUCCGACAAGAGUGUAGAUCACUUGAAGUUGCAGCUGGAGAAGAGAUUAGUAGAUCAGGACAGAGCACAAAACUCGUCAAUUUCAUCAGAUGAUAAGGUGUUAGAAGUUGAUAGUACGCCAAAUAGAGUUUCAGAGGAUAUUGUCAAGUGUUUAUGUAGCAUAUUUAUGAGAAUUGGCACAUUCAAGGACAAUUUAGGAGAGUCAAAAACAAAAACACCUCCACGUGAUCCAUACGGCAUCUGUUCAGUAUCCAAAACUAGAAAUAUUGGUGCCUACAAUAGUUUUUACGAGAUUAAAGCACCCACCGUUGAUUUCAACCGAAUGAGAAAUGCAGUGUUUCUGACCAAUAGAUUAAAGUUCCUAUUUGGGAAGCUUGCUUCUGUGAACUUGAAGGGUCUUACUCAUCAGGAGAAACUUGCAUUUUGGAUAAACACUUAUAAUUCCUGUAUGAUGAAUGCAUAUUUUGAGAAUGGCAUACCCGAGAGUCCUGAAAUGGUUGUAGCACUGAUGCAGAAGGCAACAAUAGUAGUGGGUGGCCACUUGCUCAAGGCAAUUACAAUAGAGCAUUUCAUAUUGAGACUUCCUUAUCAUCUGAGUUUCACCUGUCUAAAAGCUGCGAAAAACUAUGAGAUGAAAGCAAGAAGCAUAUUUGGCUUGGAAUGGACCGAGCCUUUGGUUUCAUUUGCACUUUCCUGUGGAAGCUGGUCUUCACCUGUGGUAAGGGUGUACACAGCAUCACAAGUUGAUAAUGAGUUAGAAGCAGCAAAGAGAGAUUAUUUACAAGCAGCAGUUGGCAUUACAACAACAAACAAGUUAAUAAUUCCAAAGAUACUUGACUGGUUUUUACUUGACUUUGCAAAGGACUUGGAAUCUUUGUUGGAUUGGGUCUGCCUUCAGCUACCUGUUGAGCUGAGAAAGGAAGCAGUUGAGUGCCUUGAAAGAAAAGGAAGACAGCCUCUUUCACAGCUGGUCCAAAUGAUGCCCUAUGACUUCAGUUUCAGGUUGCUUGUACACCAAUAA